AUGGACUCUGAGUUUAAGCAAAUAAUGUCUUUGAAUCCUGAGAAGAGGAACAUCAAGCAGAUCCAUAAGAUAGUUGAGAAGUUGAGCCAUGUUACCUUCUUUAGUGACUUAAAGAAGGUACAUGGUAAGCAAGCUGUCAAAGAGUGUUGUGCACAGCUCACUCUCCAGGUGUUUGAACCAGGGGAUAGCAUUAUUACUUAUAGAGAAGUAGGCGAAGAAUUCUUCGUCAUUCUUGAAGGAAGUGCCAAGGUCUAUGCUCCUGUAGAGUUUGAAAUGACAGGCACAAAAGAAGAAAUUUUAGAUUAUCAUAAACAGAGAGAUACUUUGCUUAUUCCUUCAUCUAUUCCCGGAGUAGAAACCUGAGAUUUUUAUGAAACUAAACAUUAUGAUAAAGAUACUGGCAUUGGUACUUUCAAGGUUAGACUGCUGAAUAUGGAAUCUACGAUAGAAACAGGAAUUUCGUUUGGAGAACUAGCUCUAAUAAACAAUAAGCCAAGAUCUGCUACUAUUAAGGCUAAUACAAAUGUGGUCUGUGCUGUUCUUACAAGAAAGAGUUAUGAGAAGAUAAUUAAGCCAAUCGAGGAAAAGAUUCUCAACGAGAAAAUUUCUUUCUUAAAAUCAUUUCCUUUUCUAAAUCAUUUAUCUAAACAAACUCUGAGUAGGCUGACUUAUAAAGUAGAGAAGAUCCCGUUCAGCAGGGGAAAUACCGUUUAUAAUGAAGGAGAAAGAUCAAAAGGUGUUUAUUUGGUGUACAAAGGAGAAUUCCAAAUUUACAAAAGACUAGAUAUCUUCAAAAGCAAAUAAAUAUGAAGAUUUAGGACAUUUUGCCAAGAAAAUUGUGAAGAGAGAUAAUGUACCUCUCGUUACUGUUUUGGAAGGACAAUACUUUGGAGCAUAUGAAACAAUGAAGAAGCCUUAUAUUUGUGAAAACUCUGUUAAAUGAAUAAGCCCUCAAGGAGAGGUUUGGUUCCUUACUCAGAAGUAUAUUCUUGAAGAAUCAUCCUUACUCACGAAGAGGAGGAUGAGGGAAUCUGGGCAGAUGCUUAAAACUAUUUAUGCUGAGCUCGAGAAGGAAGCAAUAGCUGCAUCUCAAGUGAUUAAUAAGCCAAACUUUCAUAGUUCUCCAACAAAAGAGGCUCGUCAGAAAACUAAAUAAGAUAAAAGAGCUUCUGAAAAUGACAAUGAUUGAUAAGUACCCAAUGAGUCUCCCAGCUGCAAUGAAGAAUGUUGUGUAUGACCUUGAAACAAAUAGCAAAGCCUACAAGAUGUUACUAAAUAAGACUGACCAAAUGGCACAAAAUUUUAACUUUAUUCAAGAAUUAGAAAAGAACUUAGAAGAAAAUGGUGAUUUACAGAGAAAGAAAGCUAAAGCAUUUUCUCUCACAAGAGCAGAAUCAAGCCCAAACUUUCUUUUUACUAACAAAUCUCCUGAGAAUUUGAGCAAUAUCACAAAUGAGAUCAGCAUGAUCAAGAAUUCUAUCGUUGAGCAAGACAGGAGGAGAACAUUGGCUAAGAGUAGACUAAACCAGCCAUUUUCAAGGAAUGAGAGUAGUCUUCAAGAGAGCAAUACUAUGAAUAAGCUUACACAUAGAACAAAUACGCUUACUAAAAUAUUUACAAGGGAUGGUGAACUUCCUUUACUUCACAAAAGAACAGAAACUUUUACUAAGAGUGGCAAAGGAAGGGAGAAGAAAGGAAUUCAGGUAUUGUCUGAGAAUUAUACAACUACAAGCUUUCUAAUAAGUAUCAUAAUUUAAACCUUGUUCGACAGAUCAACACAAUUGCUCCUGGUUCUCAUGACACUAAAUGGAUAACCAUUAACCAAAAUGAGGUGAAAGCUACUCCAACUACUUCAAGGAAUUUUUCAAAUAUUAAAUAUGAAACAGAUACAGUCGAAAAUACAGACGCUUACCAGCAUUUUAUGAUGAAGGCUAAAGUUAUCAAGAGAGCAAAUAAAGGAUUUAAGUCAGCAAGAGAGAUGGUCGGUAGAAUAAAUAACGACGCUUUAAGGAGCUCUCUUCUAUCAACUCCAGUCAAGAUGGAGCAUCCAACUGAUAUUUUAAGCCCAAUGUUUAGUGAGGGAUCAAUCGAGUCGCAGAAGCCAUCUCCUCCUGAAGUAGUAACUAAUAUCGCAUUUGAAAAUGGCCCAAUGCUGCAGUCGAGAAGAUUGUGAUUCAGUUCGGUACUUAGCUCAAAGAAACUAUUCAAAUCAAAACAUUAACUUCUUUAAUAUCUGAUGAUUGCUUUAGAUUUAUUUUUAAAUUCAAUACGUUU